AUGGCGAUGCGGACUCUCAAGAAGUGUCUGGAGGACAGUCAUCCCUCGUGCAUCGUGGGCUCCCUCAGCGAGGUGAACCACAGCCUCUCCGAUUGGUGUCUGGACCUCAGCCCCUUGGUCAGCAGGCUGGCAGCGUUCAAAAGCAAGAGGCGCUCCCAUGCAGGACUGUAGAUUCCAAGACUGUAGAUUCCAGGAGUGCCAGAGGUCUCACCAAAAGGAAAAUCGCUGAUAAAAACCUCCUGGCAGAACUGUUCCAGCACCCCGAGUUUAAUGAGUCUCAGCCCAACGAGCUCCCGAACGGGGUGGUCUUCCGGGAUAUGAUCAGAAACUUGAUCCUGGCGGAGCGGAGCCCCCUGACCGGCAAGACAUUUUGUGUUGAAAAAGAGUUGGAGAAGUUUUUCUUGUCGCCGCCCGUAAAGGCCAUUUGGCUGGACAGCUUCUGGUGGAUCUUUCAUGAAAGGUACAAGCCUGACAAGGAGAUCCAGAACAAGCUGUUCGACCGGAUCGCCCUGAACUACGCCUCUCUUUUAUAUUUUGGCCCUGGGUCCUUCUAUGAGCGGGCGAUCCUAAAGAGACUGCCCACGCUCCUGAGCCAGGGCCUCUACACCAGCUUCUGCUGCUGCUUCUCCCAGUCCUGGCUCAGCACCCACGAGUUUAAGUCUGCCAUCUGCGACACCAUGGGCCUGUGGUUCUCAGGGAUCUACCCCAGCCCUCAGAGCUAUAGCAAUUGGAACUACGCGAAACUGGAUCCCGAGAGACACCGGAGAGUGGAGUUAAUGAGUCCCGGCAAAUACGUGAUGAAGGACAGCUCUUCACUGUGGAAGGACACGAGCUCUGUCCCCAGCCAGAGGAGGCCCACCGUCACGAGGAGCAGCCGGUUCCGGAAACCCCACAUGCAGGUUGUAGCCAGUGAGAGGCCUGUUUCAUCUGGGACCAAGUCAGAAGACAGCUUCCGAACGCAGGACACCUACACCCCCAAAGAGCCUCAACGGCUGGCCCUGGCGUCGAGGAAAGCUACACAGCAAGUGAAGAAUAUCUCGGAAGCGCGGUGGCAGGCCGAGAGUGGUUCUAAGCAGUCCCACCCGGCCUGCAAGAACCCCAAGAUGGAGAAGUACCUGUUCAACGUGUGCGCCAAGAGCCCCCUGGUCCUGCACUUCCUGCUGAGAUACAGCAGCGUCGCCCAGCACGGGGAGGACGUGCUCAUCACCCGCUGGGAGCCGGGCCGGGGGCCGCCUGAGUCCUCGCUGACCUACCGCGACAUCAUCAGGCUGGCCCUGAGCAACAUGAUAAGGCGGAGGAACAGAGUCACCCAGCUGCACCAGAGGCACCAGCAGGGGUGGCAGAGCUUCGACAGGCACCUUCGGGAGCUGUGGAAGGACUUCCAGAGGGAGUUGAAGGAUAUCGAUCGCAAAGAAGCUGAGAUGAGGAAGAAAGCGCACCAGUUCCUCCUCUCGCAGACCUCUUCGAAGCCCACCAUCAAGCAAACCAGGGAGAGCGAUCUGAAAGAGUUUGAGUUUAUCUUAAGGCGCUACCACUCAAGAAACGCGCGCUACGCGGAGACCUUGCUCUCCAAGAUUAUCCAGCCUUGGGGAGAGCCCCCUGUCACUGUGACCCCAACUUCCUCCUAGAAGGGCCGUCGCUGGCCUGGGGCUGCUUAUGUACUCAGCAUUUCUAUUUCCUUGUUGUCUGAAAACUUUUUUUUAUUUGUUUUUGCCCCCCACCCCCCGCCAUAGGCACCCGCUAUCUCCCAGCACAGUAUUUGGGGUCACUCUCGGAGGCACGGGGUGGGAUGUGCAGGAUCAGACCCAGGCCGCCUGCAUGCAAAGCUUGCUCUCUGCCCGUUGGGUGCUGUCUCUGGGCUGCUCAUUAGUAUUUAUUCCCCCGUCCUUUUGUCACGUGGUGAUGUUGGGAGUGGGUGGGGGACACGCCUUGGGUGUGGCGCUACUGGACAAGCCCAAGUCGGCUUGUGGUACUUGCGCACCGAGCCGCGGUAACCACUAGGGGUCGCUCUAUUUCAGCGCUGCUGCUUGCACGCAGGCUUGCUGGAAGUUGUACCGCUGAAAAAAGUGGAUGCUUUUUUUUUUUUUCUUUUGAGUCACACCCAGCGAUGCUCAGGGGUGACUUCUGGCUCAGCACUCAGAAAUUACUCCUGUCGGUGCUUGGGGGACCACGUGGGAUGCCGGGGGGGUCGCUCUUGGGUUGGCCUUGUGCAAGGCAAACAACCCUACCCGCUGUAGUAUGGCUCCGGUCCCAAAAUGAAUGCAUCUUUAGUUGUGGUGCUUGUGGGCAACCCACCCUCCGACUUGCACACCCGAGGUACUACAGGGGGAUCAGGAAUCACUUCCGGUGCCAAGGGUUGCAGGGCAGCGCUGCUUGGAUGGUGCUCCACGCUCACAGUGGCUCCUGGGAUCGAACCCGCAGCCUUACGCUUCCAAGGCACGGACUUUUAGGCACUGAGCCAUCCCCCGGUCCCCUACAUUACAGGCAGUCCACAGAGGGACCGGGAGAAGACCCCAUGGCAGCUCUGCAUGCAGAUUCCCGGGGUUCCAUUCCUGCCAACUCAUGGUCCCCCGAGCACCUCGGAGUAGUCCCUGAGCACUGCCAGGUGUGACCCCAAAAUAGGAAAGAAGGGAGAGGAGAGAGAAGGAAGGAAAGCAAGAGAGCAAAUGAGAAGGGGUCCCAGGAGAACCUGGAAGAGGUCCCAGACAGAGGAUUCCUUGAGGCACUGGGUUUGCUCACUGUGUGAGCCACUGAGAGUUACGAGAAAAAUCAUGGUCCCAUUGGAGUUCAAUUUUGUGUGUUUGGGGGACCAGAGAAAUAGUGCGGUGGGUGAGAUACUGGCCUUGCACUCGGCAGACUAUGGUUCCAUCUCCUGCACCCCUACAAUCUCCUGAGCACUGCCAGUACUUGAGUGCAGAGCCAGGAAGUUAGCCCUGAGCAUCGCCAGGUAAAACAAAAUUGUGUUUGGGAGCUAUACCUAGCCGUGCCAGGGGCUGCUCCCAGUAUGUCACUCAGGGGUCGCUCUUGACAGUACUCAGGAGACCCACGUAGUAUCGGGUCACACCCUGGUCCCUUGCAUACAAAGUAUGUUCAUCAGUCCGCUGCUGUCUGCCCCUGGCCCUCGUGGUCCUAUUUGGAUUGUACACUUGACAGAAAACAGUGAAGGUUGUCACAAGUUCUGUAAAGGUUGUCACAAGUUCUCCCCAGGCACCUAGGGGCCACUCUCUGCUCUGUGCUCAGUAGUGACCGGUGGCCAUGGGAAGUACUGGGGACUCAAACUAGGGUCCAUGGCAUGGAAGACAAGUGCCUUAACCUCGUUACCAUCUCCCUAAUCUAUUGAUAUUAUUUUUAUUAUUAUUAUUUUGCUUUUUGGGUCACACCUGGUGAUGCACAGGGGUUACUCCUGGCUCUGUACUCAGGAAUUACUCAUUACCCCUGGCGGUGCUCAGAGGAUCAUAUGGGAUGCUGGGAAUCGAACCCGGGUCGGCCGCGUGCCAGGCAAAUGCCCUACCCACUAGGCUAUCGCUCCAGCCCCUAUUGAUACGUUUUUAUCUCAUCCUUUUAAACUUGUGGUUCUGUUUUAUAAUACCUACACAGUGUUAGUAUAGAACGCUAGAUAGGAUUUCCGAUUUUUUUUUCUUUUUGGGUCACACCCAGUGAUGCACAGGGGCUACGCCUGGCUUUGCACUCAGGAAUUACUCCUGGCGGUGCUUGGGGGACCAUAUGGGAUGCCGGGGAUCGAACUCGGGUCGGCCACGUGCAAGGCAAAUGCCCUACCCGCUGUGCUAUCGCUCCAGCCCCAGGAUUUCUGAAUUAUUAUUAUUAGUGCCUGCCAUUUCACCAACUCACAGAGCAAGGAGUAGCCACUGAGAACUACUAAGUUGUGCUUCACAUCUAAUAUAUAUAUAUAUAUAUAUAUAUAUAUAUAUAUAUAUAUAUAUACAUAGAUAAGUUCCAAUGUCUUCCAUUGUGGGUCCACUGUGGGUCCAUAGUCUGGGCUAGCCUCCAAGACAAAUUUUCCAGAUCAAGGAAGGAAAACCUUCUAGUUUCUCCCACAGAGAAAGAUAAAACAGUGGAAAGAGCUUGAUUCUAAAAAAGAUCUGUACAGAAUGGGAGACUAGCACCCAAGAAUAGUCGAGAUAAGUACCAGGAGGUUGGUUCCCGGCCUCACAUGCUGGAGGGAAAGGUAGCUCAGAGAAGGGAACACCAGGUAAAGUGUGGUUCAAGGACCCGCUGGGGAUGGGAGAUGCACACUAAAAGUAGACUAGAGAUUAAACACAGUGGCCACUCAAUACCUCUAUUGCAAACCACAACACCCAAAAGGAGAGAGAGAACAAAA